CAUGCGCAGUGUGAACAUCCAUUUCCUUCUAAAUCUGGGUCCGUGCUAGCCAUUGUGUUGUCACAUUCAUUUGUGUUUUCUCGACAGUUUUUGGACAUAAAUAGGAUUUAGGCCGUCUUUUAUGAGUACUCAACGGCAGCAGAAGCCUACGCUUACAGGCCAGCGAUUCAAAACGAGAAAAAGAGAUGAAAAGGAGAGAUUUGACCCUACCCAGUUUCAGGAAAGUAUAGUGCAAGGUCUGAAUCAAACUGGCUCUGAUUUGGAGGCUGUCGCGAAGUUCCUCGACGCCUCUGGCGCCAAGCUUGACUACCGUCGCUAUGCUGAGACCCUCUUCGACAUCCUGGUGGCCGGCGGAAUGUUGGCCCCGGGUGGUACUUUGUCCGAUGAUCUGACACGUACCGAGUUCUGCCUCUUCACGGCACAAGAAGACCUGGAGACCAUGCAGGCGUAUGCACAGGUCUUUAACAAGCUGAUCAGGCGUUACAAAUACCUGGAGAAGGGGUUCGAGGAGGAGAUUAAGAAGCUGCUGCUGUUCCUCAAGGGAUUCACUGAGUCUGAGCGCAACAAGCUGGCCAUGCUCACCGGCAUCCUGCUGGCCAACGGCAAUAUCUCCGCCCACAUCCUCAGCAGCCUCUUCAAUGAGAACCUUGUCAAAGAAGGUGUGUCAGCAGCCUUCGCCGUGAAGCUCUUCAAAUCCUGGCUGAACGAGCGGGACAUUGGCUCCGUCGCUGGCAGUCUCCGAAAGGUCGGCAUGGACAACAGGCUAAUGGAGCUGUUCCCCGCAAACAAGCGCAGCUGCGAGCACUUCUCCAAGUACUUCAGCGACGCCGGGCUCAAGGAGCUGUCGGACUUCGCCAGGAACCAGGAGUCCAUCGGGGCCCGAAAGGAGCUGCAGAAGGAGGUCCAGGAGCUGAUGUCACAGGGGGAGCCCAUCAAAGACAUCAUUGUGUACAGCAAAGAGGAGAUGAAGAAGAACUCCAUCUCUGAACAGACCAUGAUCAGCAUGCUGUGGUCCUGUAUAAUGAGCUCUGUGGAGUGGAACAAGAAAGAGGAGCUGGUAACUGAACAAGCCAUCAGACACUUGAAGCAAUACAGCCUUCUGUUGAAAGCGUUCACCUCCCAGGGCCUUUCUGAGCUCACCCUGCUGCUGAAGAUCCAGGAGUACUGCUACGACAACAUCCACUUCAUGAAGACCUUCCAGAAGAUCGUGGUGCUGCUUUACAAAGCGGACGUGCUGAACGAGGAAUCGAUCCUGAAGUGGUACAACGAGGAGCACCUGGCCAAAGGAAAGGGCAUGUUCCUGGAGCAGAUGAAGAAGUUUGUGGAGUGGCUGAAGAGCGCAGAGGAAGAGUCUGAGUCCGAGGAGGAAGCGGAGGACUAAGGACCGCCAAGCCAACCACAACAUCCAUUCAUCUCCAACUUUUCUCCUUUUUCUUUCUCUAUAGAGUGUACAUAACCGGAAGCGAUAGAAUGUUUUGUUACAGAAAUCCCCGCCCCUCCUUUUAAUUAGAAUUUUUUUACUAUGUAACCUCUGUGUACAAAACCAUCAUGUGGUCUACUUUAUGUAAGGGCUUUUACAUCUUCAGUUAGGACAGGCAUCCACAAUCUUUGGCUUUGUUUACUCCAUCCGAUCAUAACAUGGUAGUUUUGGGUUGUCCAUUGUUAUGAUUCGAUUGCCAUCUUAUGACGCGUGUAAGACUACAUUUGCCUAGAGGCCAUCUUGAAAGUUUUGCCAUGCUACUUGGACCUCUGUCAAGGCAAAAUGUCUCCUCGCAUCAAUGUAUAAUUCUGCAAAUAAGGUGACAACAAUUGAGGCCACAUGUUUAGCUCCUUUCGUAAUUCCUUUUGACUGAACUGUUCCAGUUUUAACUCCAAAGGUGCUUGUGGCAAUGCCCCUUAUAAAACAAACUAAAUGCGUUUUACAUCUUCUGUAACAUACAUUCUACCUUCUAGAUAUGUUUUUUUUUUUUUUCUUUUACCCCAAAAUAUGACUUUAUAAAUUAAAAAUAAAAUAAUGGUUUUCAUUGAU